AUGCAGACACUAACCACUUUAAAUUUCGUCAGCAAUCAAAUCGGAGUUGAUGGAGCUCAACAUCUAGCAAAUACAUUACAAAAUAAUGCGACGCUUACCACAUUAGAUCUCGAUAGGAAUCAAAUCGGAGUUGUUGGAGCUCAGCAUCUAGCAAAUGCACUACAAAAUAAUGCGACAUUGACUAUAUUAAAUCUUGAACGGAAUCAGCUGGAAGAUGUUGGAGCUCAGCACAUAGCAAAUGUAUUACGAACUAAUAUGACACUUACCACAUUAAAUCUCGACAACAAUGGAAUCGGAGAUGUUGGAGCACAGCAUCUAUCAGAUGCAUUACAAAAUAAUACGACAUUGACUACGUUAAAUCUCGGAUGGAAUCAAAUCGGGGAUGUUGGAGCGCAACAUCUAUCAGAUCUAUUACAGAAUAAUACAGCACUUACCACAUUAAAUCUCAUCAGCGAUCAAAUCGAAGCUAUUGGAGCACAACAUUUAGCAGAUGCAUUACGAAAUAACACGACACUUACCGACUUAAGUCUCGCCGGCAAUGGAACCGGAGAUGUUGGUGCACAGCAUAUGGCAGAUCUAUUACGAAUUAAUACAACACUUACCUCAUUAGAUCUCACCGGCAAUGAAAUCGGAGAUGUUGGAGUACAGUAUCUAAUAGAUGUAUUAAAAAAUAAUACGACACUUACCGCACUAUUUUUGUGGUGUAAUGAAAUCAAUGAAGAACUCUGGGAUGAAAUCAAUCAAUUGAUUGAACAAAAUAGCAGAAUGACAAAAUUGUAA